GAAGGAGCAUAAAUUGAAGUCCUAUUACGUGUGUUUUCAGAUGGAUUCAACAUCGACCAUAGUUGGAAGAGGAUCCAUUUUAGAGCCACCAUACUUCGAUCGUGAAAAUUGCACUGAGUGGAAGGAGCAUAUGAAGAUAUUCAUACAAUCUGUUGAUUACAAACUUUGGCUAGUGAUAAAGAAUGGAACAGAAAUUGAGAAGUCUGAAGAUGAGUUCAAUGAUGAAGACAUGAAGAUGAUGGAACAAGAAGCAAAAGCUAAACAUAUUUUAUUUUGUGCCUUAAACCCCGAUGAUCGUAAAAGAGUUGCAUGUUGCAAUACAGCAAAGGAAAUGUGGGAUGAGCUUGACAAGUUAUGGAUUCAUACAUUUCAUUUUCACAGGGAAAUGAUUGUUUCUAAUGAACUCAACAUUCCUAACUUGGAGUUUUUGAAAGAAACAAGUAUGGUUUUCUCUCUCUCCCUCAAAAUGUUAUGUGACAAUCCAAAGAAAAAUUUUCUCAACCUUUGUGUUCCCAUUUACAAGCAUGCUGUAAAAGGAAACUGGCCAGCAGCCAAGAGAAUGAUAGACAGGGAAAACAAACUGAAAAAUGCUGCCAUAACCGAAGGGGGGCAUACGCUACUGCAUGUUGCAGUAGGUGCAAUCCAGACUGAAUUUGUGAAGCAGCUGUUGAAAAUUUUAGAUGAUAAUGACUUGGAUUUGCGAGAAAAAUUCAGUAUGCUGCUUUCAACGGAAAAUACAAAAUGA